UUCGACGCCGCCGCCUGCGACACACGCCGGGAGGAUCCGCAGAUGCGUCUACGCCGCCCGGGAACGGAAGUUACGGUGAUAAAACGGCUUGCUUCGUGCGUCCUUCCGCUGUUAAAUGUCCCCAAGGGUCGACAGUCGAGUGUUGUGAGAGGAAUCCCGCGAAAAUCGUGGUGGUUUCCGUGAAUUUGUACGGGAUAAGGUCGUGGGCACGUUAAGUGGCCUGUGGGAAAAGACAAUGGCCCUCUGGAUGUGGAAUUUGUGUGUGAUUGAUUUUUUUUAAUUACCAGUGAAGCGUGUGUGCGUGUUGGUUUAAACAUUGAAGUGCCCCACGGUGUAAUAUGGUCCUGGAAGACUGGAUCUCGUACGGGAGAGAAUGUCACAUAGAGAUUUUACAGAGGUUGAACCAGAAGGGACGUCCGAACUACCAGCUGCCAGUAGGUCGCUUUUUCUUGAAAAGGUACGCCAGUCGAACGCCGCCUGCCAGAGUGGCGACUUCGCCACCGCUGUGGCCCUCUAUACAGACGCCCUCCAGUUGGACCCCACCAACCAUAUCCUGUACUCCAACAGGUCGGCGGCGAAACUGAAGCAGGGACUCUUCUCGCAGGCCCUCCAGGAUGCCGUCACCGCCAGGGAGCUGUGCCCCACCUGGCCCAAGGCCUACUACAGGCAGGGCGUGGCGCUGCAAUGCCUGGGCCGGCACGGGGACGCCUUGGCCGCCUUCAGUCAAGGCCUGGCGCAGGAUCCCACCUCCCAGCAGCUGCUGUCGGGCCUGGUGGAGGCCUCCGUCAAGUCCCCGCUGCGGCACAACCUGGAGCCCACUUUCCAGCAGCUGGAGGUUAUGAAGCUGGACCAGAGCCCCUUCGUGCUCAUAUCCGUGGUGGGGCAGGAACUACUAGCUGCCGGUCUGUACCACUCCGCAGUCACAGUCCUAGAGUCGGCUUUGAGGAUAGGAUCGUGUUCCCUUAAAUUAAGGGGCUCCGUCUUCAGCGCCCUCAGUUCCGCGCACUGGGCUCUAAACCAAUUGGACAAAGCAAUCGGGUACAUGCAACAAGAUCUGGCCAUAGCAAAGAGCCUAGGGGACACCGCCGGGGAAUGCAGGGCUCACGGGAAUCUGGGUUCAGCUUACUUCAGCCAGGGCUCCUACAAAGAAGCCCUCACGGCCCACAGGUACCAGCUGGUGCUUGCCAUGAAGUGCAAAGACACCCAAGCAGCGGCAGCAGCUCUAACGUCGCUCGGUCACGUCUACACGGCUAUCGGUGACUAUCCUAACGCUUUGGCCUCGCACAAACAGUGCGUGCAACUCGUCAAGCAAAUGGGCGACCGUUUACAGGAGGCUAGAGAGAUCGGCAACGUAGGAGCGGUGUAUUUAGCCAUGGGCGACUUUGAUUCGGCUGUAGAUUGCCACACGCAGCACUUGAGGAUAGCCAGGCGACUAGGCAACCAGGUGGAAGAAGCCAGGGCGUACAGCAACUUGGGCUCCAGUCACCACUACAAGAGGAAUUUCGCCCAAGCGAUCGUUUACCAUGAAAAAGUAUUGAGAUUAGCUCAGGCCAUCGGCGACAAAUCUGUAGAGGCUCGUGCCUAUGCCGGCCUCGGUCACGCGUGUAGAUGCGCCGGAGACUACGUCCAAGCGAAACAGUGGCACGAGAGACAACUAGACGUCGCUCUAGCCACUAGGGACAAAGUUGGGGAAGGUAGAGCUUGCUCUAACUUGGGAAUCGUAUACCAACUACUCGGUGAAUACGACGCUGCCCUCAAGCUACACCAAGCUCACUUAGCCAUAGCCAGGAAUCUACAAGACAGAGCGGGGAUGGGUAGGGCGUAUGGCAAUAUCGGUAACGCCUAUUCUGCGGCUGGGUUCUACGAGUCGGCCAUCAAGUACCACAAGCAAGAGUUGACCAUCAGUAAGGAAGUGCACGACAGGAGUUCCGAGGCUAGCACGCACGGGAACUUGGCCGUGGCGUAUCAAGCGCUCGGGGCGCACGAUAUGGCGCUUUUACACUACAGGGCACACUUAGGUAUAGCAAGGGAGUUAAAGGAUACAGCGGGGGAGGCUUGCGCCUUGUUGAAUUUAGCGAACUGCCUGAGUUCCAGGUCCGAGUUUGCCGAAGCCAUUCCUUACUACGAGCAAUACCUUAUGUUGUCACAGGAACUCGCCGAUGUGGAAGGAGAAGCCAAGGCUUGCCAUUUCUUAGGCUACGCUCACUACUGCAUCGGCAACUAUAGGGAAGCCGUGCGCUACUACGACCAAGACCUGGCCUUGGCCAAGGACCUACAAGAUAAAAUGAACAUGGGAAGGGCCUACUGCAACCUGGGCCUGGCUCACUUGGCCUUAGGCCAACUGGAGACGUCCCUGGAGUGCCAGAAAUACUUCCUGGCUAUAGCUCACAUGACCAACAACUUGGCGGGGAAAUUCAGAGCGCUCGGCAACAUAGGCGACGUCCUGAUCAAGAUGGAGGAGACCGAGGAGGCUGUGAAAAUGUAUCAUAGGCAGUUGGCGCUGGCGAGGAGUAACAGGGACCGAGGCAUGGAAGCUGCCGCUUGCGGAGCGCUCGGUAUAGCUCACAGGCUGCUGAAACGGUUAGAUAAGGCUCUGGGUUAUCACACUCAAGAACUGACCUUACGUCAGGAAAUGUCCGAGCUGUCUGGCGAGUGCCGAGCCCACGGCCACUUGGGAGCCGUCCACAUGGCCCUGGGUAACUACACUCACGCCGUCAAGUGCUAUCAAGAGCAACUAGAGAGAGCCCAGGAACUCCAAGACUGCGCCGUGGAGGCUCAGGCUUACGGAAACCUAGGGAUCGCAAGACUGAACAUGGCUCACUACGAAGACGCCAUCGGAUAUUUCGAGCAACAACUUGCCACGUUAGAAAGACUGAGUUCUCCCACCGCUCAAUUGGACAGGGGGCGAGCUUUUGGUAGCCUAGGAGACUGCUACGAUGCUUUGGGUGAUCCAGAGGAAGCUGCCAAGUGCCACGAGCAAUAUCUUGCCAUAUCAUUGAAGCUUAAAAGCGCCAGGGAUCAGGAGAGGGCCUACAGAGGUUUAGGUCAGUCUCAGCGUUCUUUAGGGAACCUCCAACAGGCGCUUGUGUGUUUGGAGAAAAGACUGGUGGUUUCGCAUGAACUGGGCAACCCGGAAGCCAAAGCUGCUGCUUACGGGGAACUAGGACAGCUUCACGCCACUUUAGGAAACUUGGAGCAGGCGGUCUCUUGUUUAGACCACCAGAAAGGCAUUGCUAGGGAUUUGAAUGACAAAGUGAUGGAAUCGGAUGCGUUGUGCGGUUUGGGCACCGUUUACCAUCAAAUGGGAGAAUUUUCGACAGCAUUGAGAUAUCACCAGAACGACUUAGAAAUCGCCGAACAACUGGGCAUGCCGACGCUUCAAAGCAGAGCUUGCGGAAAUUUAGGUUCAGUGUACGAAGCCCUGGGCAACCUUGACCAAGCGGUACACUACCAGGAACAACACCUGUCCAUAGCGGCGAGCACCAACGACCAGUUAGCGAAAACAGUGGCGUACAGCGCCUUGGGUAGAGUCCACCAACUCUUGGGCAACCGUACGCAAGCCGUGGCGUAUCUGACGCAAGGGCUGUGCAUAGCCGAAGCCCUGGGGAGGCGGGAUGAGGAGGCCAAGAUAAGGAAUAGGUUGGGGCUCGCUCUGUGGGCCAACGGAGACCUAGAGGGCGCUCAGAAGCAACUGGAAGCGGCCACGCAUCUCUUGGAAAACAUCAGGAGGGAAGCCAGGAACACGCCGGAUUACAAACUUUCUUUAUUCGAAUUGCAGUCGUCCAGUUACCAAGUCUUACAAAAAGUUUUGGUUUGUCUGAAUCGUUCCGACGAGGCUCUCCUGGUGGCCGAAAGGGGGCGUAACAGGGCCUUCGUCGACCUGCUCCUAGAACGACAGGGCAUGACCGAGUCCAAAUCGAAGACGAAGACGCACCGACUGGAAGACUUCGGCUUAAACACGCUCGACCACCUCAAAGACAUAGUCAACAGGCAGAGGGCCUCGGUGCUGUAUUACAGCGUAGCCGCCGGUUUCCUCUACGCGUGGCUGAUAAUGCCCACGAAAGGCAUCGUCAAGUUCCACUCGGUUCCCCUGGUCGAAUCCGCCGAGGACGGUAACUGCGACAACUCCGAUCCCGUGCCAUCCGGAACCGGUCUCCUGGAGAAGCUGGUCACUUCCGUCAGGGACAGCCUGGGCUUGGAGUUGUCGCCAUGUACCACCAUAGCCGAGGAUCAGUAUUCCGAGGAUACGAUAUCGGAGAGAACUGGGUUCUUGAGGAUGGUCAAUCGUCAGCACAUGAUGAACUCGAGCAACUAUUCGUUGAGCUCGUUGUUCUCUCUCGGAAGCGUCGGGGGCUCGGUGGCGUCUCUUCAAGGCAGCACCAGAUCGAGCGCUAGCGCUCAGGGGUCGACCAGGGUCUCGAGACGGCAAACGUGGAAAGGACCCAGUUGCCUACACGCGUUGUACACGUUGCUUUUACAACCGUUCGAGGAAUUCCUGCCGUCGAAAACGUCGAGUAAGGACAACGCCAGCCGUAGGGAACUCAUCUUGGUGCUGGAGGGCGACUUGUAUUUGGUGCCGUUCCCCGUGUUGCGGUCCUCGAACGAGAAUUCCGAGUACCUCUGCGAGAGGUUCUCGCUGCUGGUGGUGCCGAAUCUGUCGACGUUGAGGUCGGGCAGGACGAGGAAGCAGGAUCAGGACCAGGCGGUGAGGAGCCUGAUCGUGGGCAACCCGAAGCUCCCGAGCGCCGUGACGGAUCACUGGGGCUGGAAAGACAUCCCCCAGGCCGAACAGGAAGCCACCAUGGUGGCGGAGCUGCUGCAGAGUCAGGUCUUGGUGGGCAGUCUAGCGACGAAGGAGCAAGUCUUGAACCAGAUCCAAGAGGCGGAGUGCGUACACUUUGCGACGCAUGUGUCGUGGAAGUUGUCUUCGUUGGUCCUCAGCCCCGCCGAGGUGCUGGAUCAGAGCCAGUCGAAGAGGUUGUACAUUACGGACAACACGGAAGAAGACGAGGGUAACGAAGUGUCUACGACGGCAGAACUCCCGCCUUUGUCGGAGUUUUUGUUGAGCGCCGCCGACAUUCUGUCGUUACGAUUGUCCGCUAGGCUUGUAGUGGUGAGUUCAUCCCACACGAGGGACCAACAAGGCUGGGCGACCUCCGACGGUCUAGUAGCCCUGGUACGCGCCCUGCUGGCCGCCGGGGCCCAAGCGGUACUCGUUUCGCUCUGGCCGGUACCCGACACCGCUACAAAGAUCCUCCUCAGGGCGUUCUACUCCGCCAUGCUGCAAGGAACCAGAGCUGCGAGGGCUCUGGCGGAGGCCAUGCAGACCGUACAGCACACUAAGCAUUUCGCCCAUCCGGCCAACUGGGCCGGUUUCGUCCUGGUGGGUCUCAACGUGCGUCUUUCCAAUAAAGUUGCGCUAAUGGGACAGGCGUUGUGCGAGCUCCUGCAGGUGCCGGACAAGUGCAGGGACGCGUUGCGGGUGACGCUGCACCUGGUGGAGAAGAGCCUGCAGAGGAUACAUCGCGGGCAGAAGAACGCCAUGUACACCACGCAGAAGUCGAUUGAGAAUAAGGUUGGAUCUGUGACGGGUUGGAGGGAGCUCUUGAUGUCCGUUGGAUUCAGAUUCGAGCCGGCGUCCAACGGCAUACCCAGCAGCGUGUUCUUCCCCCAAUCCGACCCAGAAGAAAGGCUGACUCAGUGCUCGGCUAGUUUGCAGGCUUUAUUAGGUCUGACGAGUACGUCCAUCCACGCCCUUUGCAAACUAACGUCCAACCCCGACGUUGCCGAUGACAUAAUAGCCGUCAUCCAAUCGGCGCUCUCUCAGUUUACUUCCAAGGGACUGGACAGCGACAGCGUAGACGUAGCCUUGAACGUCAGGUUAUGGAGGGUGCCGGGUUGUCACGAACUACUGGCUUCGCUCGGUUUCGACUUGACGGACGUGGGGCAGGAUAAAGUUACUCUAAGGACCGGGAAACAAGCGAACAGGAGGAACAUCCAGUUCACGCUCCAAGCUUUGCUAGCAUUAUUCGACACGCAAGAAGCCCCGAAGAGCCUUACCAUCGACUCCUCGAGUAGCCUAGAGUCGCUCGCCUCGGUCGACAACGACUUCUCACACUCGGACAAUGAGCUAAACAUGUGUCCCACCCCCAAACCGUCCACUAAGUCCAUGCCGCGGGUCCCGCCUCCCUUCUCGCGGACCGUCUUACCCAACAAGAGACUAGGUGGUGCUUUUACAUCGUACGUAAGGAAGAGAGGCGAACCGGACGGUCGUACGGCCAAUCCAACCGACACCAAAGCGGUUUCGGACAACAAGACGAGGAAGAACGGUACGCUGGCCAGGCCCGGAGGUGGGGAGUCGGACGCAGCAUUCACCCCCAGCCCGCCGGUGGUUUUACAGCCUGAAAAUCAGACCAUAGCGCUGUCCCUGGCCCACCAGACGAGGAUAAGGAACCUCUACUCGCAGAACGACGGCAAGAACGACAACAUCCGACCCGAUAGUUCGAGUUCCACCAGUUCCGCCACCGAUUGGGAUAACGGACAUGCCACGGUGCUUAGGAGACAGACACAGAACCAGGUGCCUCCUUUGCCGCCGCCACGUACCAAGCCGUUGGUGGACCUGCCCCUGUACAACAACUUACCCGCCGGGAUGUUCGAGAACAGCUCCGACAGCGAACUGGAGAAGAUGGAGGCGAAACUGUUCAAUUCCAACAGCAGGAGCAAGAUUUCGUACAAAAAAUCGAGGAAUCCUAUGUGCACUUUAGACAGGCUCAGCGUUAGAACCGAGGUGACACCGUCACAGAAUCUUCAUCCCGCGCCACCACAAAGCCGCAAGCCCAUCACCUUGCCGAGCGAAGAGACUUUGCCUACCAACGAACGGCUGUUAUACUUCUCUCCAAACGACACAGAUGCCGCUUCCAAUCUGGCAUCGAUCGCCUCCACCUCCGACAAGGAUGAGUCCAGUCAAGACCUCAGCAAGAGCGACGGCAAAUCGAGCAGCGCAUCUACUACGCUUCACGACACUAUCCUAGCUACACAACUGAGACACAUCAACAGGGAGCUGACGCCUACCAUAUCGGAAGUUUACCACGAACGAAACAUCGGACUAGGACUAGCACCACCUCUUUCCAAGUUGUUGUUGAACCAAUCCACACAAUCGGCACCCAAAACUGACAAUUCGGUCCUAGAAAAAAUAACGCUAGGAAUAUUAGACGACGAGGACAUCAACAGCGAGCUGAAGGGGGCGCAGUGCCAGAGGUGCAAACCCGACGCUUGCGGCUGCAAGUCCAAGUCCAGCAAGCCGUGGUUGUCGGAGAACGCCAGCGCCCUACAGCAGAUCCAGAGCUCCGACCUUACCACCGCCGAUAUCCUGGAGAGGGAGGUGAAGAACAAGAAGGGCCUGAUAAGGUCCGAACAGAGGCAGAAGGAGGAGUCGGACCCGAAAAGGCUCUCCCCCUUUUCAGAAAUGUCACGUAGAGACGAAGGGGACGGUCGCAGUAUAGCCGACUCCUACUCCUCCAGCUACAAGAAUCAGUUCCUGACGUACCAUCCUGCCGACAAGAAAGGGAACAAGCCCAGCGCCAAGGUCAGGACCAUACCUUCGCAGAGGAGGAAUAUUCAGAAUUAGAAGGAGAACCGAAUAUUUCCAAUGGUACAUUUGAACUACCAAAGUGAAAAAAUUGAGGACCUACGGAACGUUUGAACUACUGCAGUUUAGAAAGUAGGUCUAAAAGAGUGAUAUUGAUAAUUGCGGACACUUUAGAUUAUAUCGAUGUACUUUGACUGAGGUUUUAUGUAUUUUAUAAGGUAAUUUAGUUGUUUUAAAAAGGAAAUUCGAAAUGUAUAUUCGUCUCGAUGAAAAAGCUUUAAUCUGGCCAUUAUAGUGAACUGUUCAAAGUAAAUUUACGGUCUUGUAUUUUGUAUAUUCAUUAUUUAUUUUUGUAUUUUUCUGUGUGU